AUAAAGCGAAAAAAAGAAAAACAGAGAAUACGAGAGAGGAGGAAGAGAAGAGAGGGAGCGAGGCAAAAGACCGUUUUGACCCCGUCGUCUCUUCCCAUCUUCUCCUUAUUCUUCUCCCUACAGGUUCGUCCCCGAUUCUUUAAUCUCUCCGCCAUGAACGAGAAGGCCAGCGUCUCUAAGGAGCUUAAUGCCAAGCAUAGGAAGAUUCUAGAGGGACUUCUUAAAUAUCCGGAGAACAGAGAAUGUGCCGACUGCAAAGCAAAAGGUCCAAGAUGGGCUAGUGUAAAUUUAGGAAUCUUUAUCUGCAUGCAAUGUUCUGGAAUUCACAGGAGUCUUGGGGUACACAUAUCAAAGGUUCGAUCUGCCACUCUGGACACAUGGCUCCCAGAGCAGGUCGCAUUUAUUCAGUCUAUGGGAAAUGAUAGAGCAAAUAGUUACUGGGAAGCUGAGCUACCUACAAACUAUGAUAGGGUUGGAAUUGAGAAUUUCAUAAGAGCAAAGUAUGAGGAGAAGAGAUGGAUUCCUAAAGGCGAAAAUGCCAGAUCGCCCCCAAGAGUUGGACGGGAAGAAAGGCCUUAUUCUGAUUAUCAGAGAUCUGUGGAAAAAAGUGGGUAUAGGCAUGGCCAUAGUAGCAGUUCUGAGAAUUUAUUUGAAAAGAAGGCUGUCCAGGCACCUAGAAAUAGCGCUUCUGAUACUAGGAUAAAUCUUCCUGUCCCUCCUCAAGGACCUGUCCAGGUUACUUUAGUUUCAAAGCCACAACAGGUUACUCAGAAAACAGAGUCAGCAACCGUUCCGAUAGAGGCUGUGAAACAAGCUGCAAAUGCUGCUCCGGCAACAGAUCCUCCAAAAGUUGAUUAUGCAACUGACCUAUUCAACAUGCUAUCGCUGGACGAUACCGUUGAAAAUGGCUCAGAGGCAACUUCUGCUGAUGAUAAUGCUUGGGCUGGCUUUAAAUCGGCUGGAGAUGCUCAAACGGCAGAGAAAACCGACACAUCAAAGCCUGCUGAGACCAGUUCUCCUCCGGUUUCUGGAAUCGAGGAUUUAUUUAAAGACUCGCCAGCUUUAACAGCUCUACAGAAGCCACAGAAAGAUGUAAAAAACGAUAUCAUGAGCCUGUUUGAGAAGUCGAAUAUUGUGUCGCCUUUCGCCAUGCACCAGCAACAAAUCGCAAUGCUUGCUCACCAGCAAUCCCUUCUCAUAGCCGCAGCUUCUAAGUCUUCAGGCACGGGUCCGAAGGUUUCCAAUGCUAAUCAACAAGCUCUGCCUAACGGUCUUAACUUGCCGACUACAAGUUGGCCAAACCUCGGGUACCCGAUCCCAGGCACGAUGAUGCCAGCGGGUGGUCCGGCCGAGCUACAGAAACUUAUGCAGAACAUGGCCAUGAACAUGAACAUGAGACCAACAAUGCAACAGCCAGGGAACACACAGCAAUACCCGAUGCCCAGUUUCUACACCAUGACGACGACGACAACAGGGCAAGUUAACGGUGCAACGCCGACAUCAACAAGUGAACGUCAGUCAUCAACCACAACCCCUUCUUCUACUACUUCACAGACGAACAAAGAGUGCGAUUUCUCCUCUUUGAUGGAAGGUAUGUUUGCCAAACAUUGACGAACAAAAUGCCUCUUUGGAAACGUACCACCCAAAAGAAACAACAGUAUAUACUUGCCGUCUUCCGAAGGUCCUAUAUUUGAAAAAAUGUUUUUUUUUAACCCUAUGUAGACAGGUUUCACGUGAUGUUUGGUAAGAAGAACCACACUCAUAUUUGAUUUCUUUUUUUUUUUUUUUUGGAGUUUUAUAACCUGGAUCUUAUAAAUCUGUAAAGUCUUAUGGUUUAUGGAAUUCAUGAAAUAAAACAUCGACCGUCCUAUA